AUGGAGAAGCCUAUGGAGAAAAGCGAUGCCCUCCCAUCCUCAAGGUCAUUGUCUGCUUCAGUCCACGACGGUGAUGUUCAGGACUUGGGCGAACAGAAGGGCGGAAAGGCCGAUAUUGCGCUCGAUUUUCUCGAGAAAAAGGGUGAUAUCUCUGUCACAUACACAGAGGAGCAGCAGAAGCGAGUUCUACGCAAGAUUGACAUGCGUCUGAUGCCGCUGAUGUUUACGAGCUAUAUGAUCCAAUACAUGGACAAGAGUGUGCUUCCCCAAGCUGCGAUCUACGGUCUACUCGAGAACAUCAACCUCAAUGGACAAGACUAUUCAUGGAGCAUAUCAAUAUUCUACUUCGGUUACCUGGCUUUUCAACCGGUAGCAGCUGUUUGCUUGACAUAUCUUCCUCCUGGUAAAUUCGUCGUUGUCACGUCGAUUCUAUGGGCGAUCCUACUGUUUUGUACCGCUGGUGUACACAACUUCGCUGGCAUGGCCGUCUGCCGGUUUCUUCUGGGAGCCGCCGAGGGUGGAGUUUCGCCUGCUUAUGUUCUCAUUACCGGAUCAUGGUAUAAGCAAGACGAAAUUCCGCUCCGGAUGACGAUUUGGUUCUGUGGAAAUGGACUGGCUAUCAUCCUCCAGUCCGUUAUCUCCUACGGCAUUGGCCAUAUUGAGACUGGCAUUCCAGUCUGGAAGUGGUUCUUCAUCGUCUUCGGUCUUCUGGGGCUGGCAUGGUCAAUCGUCUUAUGGAUUUGGAUGCCUGACACAAUUGUCGACUGCAAAUUUUUGAACGAAGAAGAGAAAGCUAUCGCCCUUGAACGGAUCAGAGCCAAUCGCACCGGUAUUGCCAGCAAGCAAUUCAAGAAGGAUCAAUUCAUUGAAGCACUGACUGACGAGAAAGUCUGGUGGUCAUUCAUCUACACAAUUAUUUGGAUGAUUCCAAUGACUGCAGUUGCUUCAUUUGGAUCUCUCGUUAUUCGAGGCUUUGGAUAUGGUACGUUCGAAAGCUCGUUGCUUAAUGCACCACUUGGUCUCACCGAGAACAUCGGCUUGUUGGUUGCCGGGCUCACCGUUCUAUACUUUCCCAACACGCGAUGCCUCAUGCAGAUAGUCUGCAAUGUACCCGCGGUCAUCGGCGCAGUACUCAUCAAUCAGCUUCCUGCCUCGAACAGAGUCGGUCGCCUCUGCGGCCUAUACCUCACAAACUUCAGUAACGGCACCCUUCCCAUGCUUUGGGCUUUGACCAACUCCAACAUCGCCGGGCACACCAAACGCACAACUGCAAACUGUAUCCAGUUCCUUGGGUAUUCUGCAGGGUUCAUCGUGGGACCACAGUUUUUUCUCGGUCGAGAAGCACCUGAGUAUCAAACUGGCUUCCGAGCUAUGAUGAUUUGCUUCUGCUUUGCCCUUGUUAUGCCAGGCUUUUACUUCGCCUACAUCACUUGGGUUAACCGGCAAAACGCUCAAAAGUUGGCGGCAAGCGGGGAAGCCGCUAUCUAUGUCCGCAACGAAGAGUUUUUGGAUAUGACCGACAAGCAACAGGCCAGAUUUGUCUAUGUCAAGUGA